AUGCGUUGCCAUGGUCCUGCUCUCUAUGCAUACAACAAUGCAGCCUUCACUGAUGAGGACUGGGAGGGAAUUCAGAUGGCAGGGAGGAGUGUGAAGCGCAAUGACCCAAACAAAGUUGGGAGGUUUGGAAUCGGCUUCAACUCUGUUUACCACAUAACAGAUGUGCCCAGUAUAUUCAGUUCAAAUCACCUCGGCAUGAUGGACCCCCAGGAAAAAAUAUUUGGACAAAGAAAUAGCGGUUUUUUGUGGUCUUUGGAUGAUGCAGAACACCAGGAAGCUCUAAUAGAGAUGCAUGACCAGUUCCAACCUUUUCGAGAUAUAGUUUCGCUUGUUGGCAGAAAAGAAUGGUCAACAGUAAUCAACGAGGAUCAACACUUUGACGGGACAAUUUUCAGGUUCCCUUUGCGCAAAGAGGCAUCAGAUAUUUCAGAUAAUCUCUAUGACUCUGACAGGGUGGUUGAGCUUUUUGAUAGCUUCAUUGCGGAUGCAGAUUUAAGUCUCCUGUUCCUGAAAAAUGUGACCUCUGUUUCCUUGAUACAUAUCAACAUCUAUGGCACCGUUAAAACCAGGCUUGAAGUGAAAUCCUCAAUCUCCACAGAUGUCGUUCUGGAGUCAGAAGACGAUUCAAUCAUUGAGAGUUCAACAAGAUUCAAAGUAAUAACCCUCAACUCAGAAGACCACAAAGAAACAAAAUGGCUUUUAACAACAUGUACCAUGAAAGAAGGAAAUGUAGAACAUCUUGAUUCACUUGCGAAAAAGUUGAGCUUUUUCCCUCAAGUUGACUUGGCAUUCCCUUGUGGUGAGAAGAGAGACAGUAGUGAGAGCAGAUUGAGCUGCUUUCUCCCCCUACCAAACAAUGAAUCCAAUAAAACCGGACUCCCAGUUUAUAUCAACGCGUGCUUUGGCCUCACAGACAACAGAAGAGAGAUCAAGUGGCAAGAGGAAGACCAGCAACAUGACGAACAUGCGGUGUGGAAUGAAUUGCUGAUGAAGGAGGUGCUACCACAGGCAUACAUCAUGAUCAUUCAAGAUGCUAUCAACCUUGCACAACAAGAUAAUCUGCCUGUCUCUUCAGUGUACGAUCUGUGGCCAGAUAUUGCCCAGAUAAAGCACAAACGCAAAUGGUAUGCCGUUGCUCUGGAUGUUCUUGAUCACUUAUUCAGGCAGAAGGUUGCUGUCCUCUCUCUUGCCAAAGAUGAAAGAAAGUUUAUCACUCCAUCAGAAGCUGUGUUCCCCUGUAAUGGUCCAACAAGCAGUGACAUAUUGGCGGCAAUUAAAAGGACUUUGGUUUCCUGUGGAGAAAAUCUUGUCACCUUACCAGGCAGUGUUGCAAGUGCUAUAAAUGAGGCCUAUCCACACCUAGACACCCUAAAACACGUGACUCCAGCUUUCAUAAGGGGCUCGCUCCGCAGGAUUGACGUGCACACUAUCUCUAAACAUGACAAACUCUGCCUUUUGGAGUUCAUUCUAAGUGAUGAAAAAUACAGAGAACUGGAAGGUCUUCAGCUGCUUCCGCUCAACGAUGGCUCCUUCAGAUCGUUCACAGACAAAGAGGAGGACACUGCUUUGAUUGACAGCAAUGAAUUUCCAAGAGUCUUGCUACCAUUCUGCAAACACCUCUUCAUCCCCGAUGAUCUCCGUCCAGCCUGCAGUGCCCACCUGAAAAAACUGGCAAGAGAAAAUAUUUUCAAGGUCAUCAACAUUGAUGAAAAACGGGUGGCUGAAUAUACAAAGAGGUUUUUGCCACAGGACUGGAAGCAGAUGAGCAAGGGGCAUGUUACCUGGGAUGUCAGCAACAAUCAACAUCCACCUUUAGAGUGGCUCCAAGAGUUCUGGACAUUUCUCAACACUCACUUCAAAGAGUUAAGUAAUUUCAUUGGAUUGCCAUUGAUACCAGUCAGUCCCCUGUCAGUCAGUCAGCCAGUAUCACUAGCUACACUAGAGCAGAAGACAACCUUAAUUUUUCAGAAAAGAAAGCAGGUGAACUUGCCAGAAAAAAUAACUGAGUUGGUGAACAAACUUGGUGGCACAGCGGUAAGAGAAAACGACUGGCUCAAACACGAAGACCUUGACUCAUAUGUGCUGUGCCCAUCUCCAAUGAGUGUCAUGAAAGUAUUGGUGAACCUAGAUUCUCAGAAUCUCAUCAGAGAUCUAAAAAAUUCCUCUCACGGAGCACGAGAAGAACUGAAAGAUUAUCUCUCUCGUCUUGAUUGUCUCUCAGUCACUGAGAAAGAUUUACUCUCAAAGUUGCCUCUGUUUCAAACCAUGAAUGGAUCAUGUGUUGCAGCUCAAUCAAAACAGGCUGUGUUUCUGAUGUCUGGUCUAAAAGUACCAACAGAUUUCCCUAUGCCUGAUUCAGUUGUGCGGUGUGCAACAGAGGCUGAUCGCAGACUGUUACAGCUGCUCAAAGUUAAACUUUUGAACACUGCUGAAGCAGCUCAUCUCCUUAUUGACUGUAUUGAGAGCAGGGCUUGCAGAAGAGAAGACACUGAGAAAAUCAUGACUUGGAUUUUACAGAAUGGAGCUAUCCUUUUCUCUCAAAAUCAGACCUUGAAACAAAGAUGUAAGGAUUUGAGCUUCAUUGAAGUGAAUGGAGAACUGAAAAAACCCUCAGCCUUUUUUGAUCCAAGAAUUAAAACCUUUAAAGUCAUUUUCGAGUCAGAUUUCUUCCCUCCACCUCUUUACACCGGCACAUCGCAGAUGCUUCAAAGCCUAACGGAUCUUGGCUUACUAAACAAAGAAGUAGAUGUGUCACCGGAGCACUUCUUGCAUGCUGCAACACUGAUUGACAAAGCGCAUGUUGACUCUCAUACUGAGGCUCUUAAUAGAGCUCAGGUGCUCUUGAAGAUGCUGGAUACUAAUGAUCUGUUUAAAUUUUCCCCUGAGCAGCCUCAUUGCAUCAACAUGCUAAAAUGGAUCCCAUGUACUAAGCCUGGUAAUGAUAAAACGUACGGCAAUGACACAUCUCAGAGAAGUUGUUUCUUCUGCCCUGAUGAAACAAGACAUUCUGAUUAUGAGGACAUUGUUGAGCAUGUAAUGCCUCUGGGUACUUUCAGUGACAGAGUUAGCAGCCAACUUGGUCUCAAACGCCUACCCCCACCUGAAAAAGUGAUAGAGAAUUUGUCUGCUCUGACAUCAAAAGCACAGAAAAUGACUGAUCCUAACACAAAUGUGGAUUUUAAAAGAAAGCUGCAUAGCAUUUACAAACACAUGCAAGACCACAUAACUGAAUUUUCACGGAAGAUGAAAAAGGAUACACACUGGCUGUGGAGCAACGACCAGUUUGUAUCACCACAGGAUCUGGUUCUAGACUACCCACGAAAUCUUGAUCUGAGUUCUUAUAUUAGGAAGGUUCCAAAUGAAUUUUUGCCAUACAAGAAUUUGCUUCAGGAGUUUGGACUAAAAACAUUUACAACAAGUCAGCGUCUAACUGUGCUGCAGGAAAUACACUCUGAACAUGGCAACAAGACCCUGCCAAAGAAAGACCUUUUGAUUUGUCUCACAAUUCUCAGAGGAAUAUAUGAGACCAAAGAUAAAACAACCAACUGUCUGAUACCCAAUGUACAUGAUGUUCUACAACCUGCAGGUGAGAUGUUUUUCAAUGACAGCCCAUGGAUGGCAGUUGAUCCAGGUGUGACAUUAUGUCACAAGGACAUCCAACGUGCUAUGGCUUGUCACUUUGGAAUCAAAACUACAAGGCAUCAUACCCUGCAAAACUAUACAGUUGAGAACAUUUCACCAUUUGCUUUUCAUUUUGAACAGCAGGAACAACUAACUGUUCGAAUUAAAAACAUAAUUUCAGCAUAUCCAUCAAAGAAAGAUAUCCUUAAAGAGCUCAUCCAAAAUGCUGAUGAUGCAGAGGCAACUGAAAUUCACUUUGUUUGGGACAAACGACAGCAUGGCACAGAAAAAACAUUUGGAAAGAAAUGGAACAAACUGCAGGGUCCAGCACUGUGUGUUUUCAACAACAAAGUGUUUUCUGAUGAUGACCUGAAGGGCAUUCAACAGCUGGGAGAAGGAGGAAAGCGCAACUCUCCAGGGAAGACAGGGAAAUACGGAGUAGGAUUCAACUCUGUUUACCAUCUGACUGACUGCCCCUCCAUCCUCACUGGAGAUGAACUACUCUGCAUUUCUGAUCCCAAUCAAAAAUUCAUUGAUAGUCAUUCAGACAAACCACCAGCUGGAACUGGCUAUAAACUAGCUGACACUUUUAAGAACAUGUACAUGGAUGUCUACAAAUCCUUUCUUCCAGACAAAUUUCCCCUUAAAGAUGGCACCAUGUUCAGAUUACCCUUAAGAAUCGGUACCAUGGCAAACAGCUCUAAAAUAUCACAGCAGGGAGUCACAGACCAUGACAUGAACGAACUUUGCUCUGCACUCUCUGAAGAUCCUGAAGGACUGAUUCUGUUUCUGAAAAACAUCUGCAAAAUAGAGGUCCAUGAAAUCAAUGAACAUUCAGGGAAUCUCAAAACAAUCUUUAUGGUUGAAAAAUGCCUACCACAGGAAAGCAGAGUAAGUAAAGAUGCUUUUGUUAAGCUUCAACAAAAUGCGCUGCAAUCUGACAAACCAAUCACGCCAGACAAGGCUAUAUACGGUGCACACAUUUCAACCUCCGAUAAAAGACUAAGUAAAUGGAUCAUUGCAGAACAAUUUGGGACAUUCAAAAACAGUGGCAAAGGAGACCUAACACUUCCAAAAAAACUUCCUCAAGCAGCAAUAGCGGCACGUGUGAGCUCAAAGUUAUCUGUUAAAGCCCCACCUAGCAACAUCUGUUUUAUUGGACAAGCCUUUUGUUCACUUCCUUUGCCAGGAACAACUGGACUGCCAGUGCAUGUCAAUGCAAACUUUGAGGUAGAUUCUGCCAGGAGAGGCCUUUGGAAAGAAGAUGGGCAAAGUCUCAAAUCUAACUGGAAUGAAUCUUUGAAACAGAAUGUCAUUGCUCCACUUUAUGCUGAUCUCCUUCAGUACAUCUGCCACCACUUUGCAAAAAAGAAUAUCACUCGUGCAAGUCUUGAGUCAUUCUACGUGGGCUUUUGGCCAAACGUGUCCGAACAUGUUGGCCAGGAUUGGCAUGAAAUGAUACAUGAGGUUUACAGAUCAAUCAAAGAAAAAGGUCUUGAUCUGAUUCCAGUUUUGAGGAGUUCAAAAUGCAAUAUUGCAGGCAGAGAAUUGAAGACAUAUUCUUUUGACUGGUGUAAUGUCAGAGAAAAGGAAAACGCUAAGGCACCUUAUCUCACACACUGGGAAAAAGACAGGAUAAUGCCAAUAUUGGAAGAUCUUGGAAUGACAUUGGUACCUUCUUUCAUGCAAAAUGUUUGGAAAAGUUUCAGAUCUGCAGGCAUCGCCGUAAGAGAUGUGAAUCCUUCAAGUGUGCAGACUUUCCUCAGAGAAAUAACCGUCAAUGACCCAACCGAAACAGAAGAGGAUUUACCCCUGCCCAUAACUGCCACCUUGAUCAGAGAUGGAAAAAGAUGUUCUGAGCUCUUGAGUUUCUGCUUAAAAGACUUUAAAAAGACAGCAAAAGACAACUCCAUUACACUCAAUGGACUUCCACUUCUUCUCACAAGUGAUAAAGUUUUGAGAGUGUUUGACUCCAAAUCUCCCAAGCUGAUAUCGAGUUAUGAGAGUCUGUUCUUUGCCUACAAGGAACAAUUUGCAGACUUUCAGACAAACGGAGAGAACAUUAAUGCUCUACAAACUUUAAACCUUGUCAAAAGAUUGACAGUUCCCUGUGCAACUAAAUAUCUGAAGCCGUUAAUUCAGCAACUUCUUCAGAGCUGUGAAGUUGAUCCACAAAGUGGUCUUCAUGUCCCACAUGAGACAAUGUUGAAGUGGUUGAAAUUACUUUGGAAUUUCUUAACAAGUGAAAUUAAACCUGCAACAUCUAAUGGUGAUGAAGAAAGCCUGACAUUAAGUGAUGUCAGGCAGCUCUUCAGCGACUGCUGCAUUUUACCUGUUGUGUGUCCAAGGUUGAACAACAAACACUUCCUGAAAACAAUGAAAGACAUGCCGAAUGUGCUUAAGAGCACCUCUGGAGAGGACAUAUCAGGCAUCCUUUUUAAACUUGGUUUUAUGAAGCUUGAAGGUAUAUUCUUCUUUGAGAUACCUGUAGAACAACGUUUACUUCUAUACUCUGAACUUAUGGAUGUGAAUGAUAAAAGCUCUGUGUUGGAGCAGCUCUACAACAUAAACCACUCAGAGUUUUCCAAGCUUUCAAUUGAGGAGUUGAAAGAGCUUCAGUGUGUCCUGCAGUCUGGAGUAUCCAAGUCCAAAGACAAACAAGAAUAUCAAAGAAAGCUCAAAUCUUUGCCAAUAUUUGAAACAAUACAUGGUGAACGAGUAAGGAUUGAUGGACCUAAAGAGGUAUUUAUCCUCAACAGCACAUAUUCAGAGACAUUUCCGGAUUUGUUCUCCCUAUCUGACAGCAACAGCCUUUUUCUCCAAAACAGUACUGCAAACAUCAGUCUAGCAGAAACAUUGAAGAUCCAAACCAUGAAUGAUUUGAAAUAUUUCAUGAAGUUUAUUCUGCCUGUUGUACACACACUCAAUGGGACGCAGAAGCUUCACUGUCUCAAACUCUUACUGACACCACAAUUCAUUCAUUGUGAGUGUAGGGACACAAUCAUCUCCUCAAUGAAGACAGUGAAAUUGAUUGCCAAUUAUCAAGGCACAUUGGAGAAAGCAUCAUACUUCUUUGAUGAGAGUGUUGAGCUGUACAAAAAAAUGUUGCCCAAAGAGAGGUUUGUGCCUGAGAGAUUUUGGACUGUCUUGUGUGAAAGGCUUCCUCUACCAGACCCAAAGAAGUUACUGAGAGACCUUGGAAUGAAGCAUGUUGUGUCAAAAGAUGACAUAAUUAACUUUGCACACCAGUUAGAAUCAAAAGCCAAAGGAAAUGGUGACCUUAAAGAUUUGGAACCAAAGUCAUCCUUAAUAUUCAAAGCCGCCUUGAAUAUAAAGAUUAAAGACAAGCACGAAAAGGAAAUGUUUCUGGAGGAAAUGGCUGACAUCAAGUUCAUUUUUCCUGUGAAAAUUCAAAAAGAACUGCAAAAUUACCACCAACCAUUUGUGGCUGAGAGAACUGCUGUUAAAAUCAGGGGGUCUUUGAUAGACAGUGAAGCCCAGCAUCAAGAACUGGUUUGGUCCUCAAUGCCAAUUAUACAUCUACCUUUUUAUAAGUCAAAGGAAGUCGUGGAAAAGAUGAAUAAAGCUGGAGCUCAUGAACAACCACCGCCAAACUAUGUCAUCAGUAACAUGAGGAACAUCUGUCAGUCGCCCUGUAAAGAUCAAAAGUUGAUCAAAACCCGUGCUAAGGUUUUUCGAAGUGCAUAUGCAUACCUGCAAGUAAACACGUUUGAAGUCCAAACAUUGGCUGGUCUUCCUGUGGUUUUGGUUGAAAAAGACAUAGAACUUGCAAAGCCUGAUGAUACUUCUUUUUCACUCCCGUACGAGCGCGAGUUCAGACCGUAUUUGUACAAAGUUUCUCCCAACGAUGUCAUGUUUUCAAAGUUCUUCAAGCAAAUUGGUGUUAAGGACACACCUACAGCAGUGCAGUAUUGUAAUGUUCUGGGGGCUGUUUAUGCUGAUUCCUGCGAGAAACCCCAUCUCAACCCAAACCAACUGAAAACUGUGAAACGUGCUGUUGAGCAGUUUUUCCUGUUAAUCAAAACUCAAGGAAACCAGUCCCUUGUUGAUGAUUCAAUGACUUUUUAUCUUCCAGCAGUAGAUGGUAAAGUAUACCCAUCCUGCAAACUCUACUACAAUGAUACAGUGUUUGAGAGCAAAAGGUUGGAAAAAGCGCUUGACAAUAAGUUUCUGUUACUUGAGAAACUUAGUGAGUGUCACUUAGGCGAUGACAUGUAUGAGCAUCACCGAUUGCUGCGAUUACUGCCUCAAACUUUUAAGCCGAAUAUGCUGUCUCAAUUCACUGAAGAGAAAGUAGUGGAAUCAGACAUGCAGCGUUGUGAACUUGGUGCUGACUGUGAAUUUAGUGGAUUGUUUGACAGACAUUUGUCCUCAGAAGCAUUUAUACAUGGACUAAUUUGUCUUAUCAGAGACCAGUCCAAGGGGGAAAUAACACAAGAAGAUGCUACUGAGAUGUGCAAGAAGACUUUUGGCAGCAUUCAGAUUGUCUGCUGCAAAAGUCUAAAAACUGAGCUUUGGGUGAAUAAACAGCCACUACACCAGACUGCCUCUCAAACCGAUGUUUUUGUCAAACAAGAGCAACAAGGUUGCAUAUUUUACUUGAAACACAACAACGACAUAAUUCAUAAGGUGAUAAGUGACAUCAAUAUGACAUUGACAAUGGAGAUUAAUGUUCUUUUAGGUAACAUAUUUGGAUCGAAACACCUAAUGGUCCUCGUACACCUUCUCACGUGUGACAAUAUGCAAGAUGUUCUGAAAACUCUUGCUAAGAAUGGGAUCCUGGACAGUGCUGAAACUCAAAGCAUUUUCCACAAUCAACCAGCCCCUGGAACAGAAAUCCCACUGGAAUGGCAUGAUUCCUUAGACAUGAACAUCCUCAAUAACUUUGAAGAGGGUGAAUAUGUUGGCUACAGCACCAACAACAAGUAUAUCUAUGCAGUUAUUGUUGAAGAACUGCCUGGGCAGUCGGGACCAUAUUCACACAGAUACAAAAUAGAAAUUGGAGAAGAUGAGCCCAUUGAAGUCAGUUGUCUGGACCUGUAUCAGUUUAAACGACAAAAGAAACCAGAACCUAAAGGAAGUUCUGCUGCUUCUACAUCUGCUGAUACUUCUUGUACGGACAUGGUCCCACUAGAAGGAGCUGUGCCACAUUCUUCCAAACCAUCAACUACAAGUUCCUCUUCUACGAGAUCCUCACCAGCCUCUCUUGAAGAAGCUAAAAUGGAAAUUGACAAAUGUUUAAAAGAGAUUUGGACUCUUCCUGAGGAGGAAAAGCAUAAAGCCAUCAAACGACUUUACCUUAGAUGGCAUCCUGACAAAAACCUUGACUGCAUAGAUCUUGCCACUGAGGCAUUCAAAUACCUGCAUAAUCAAAUUGCUGAGCUCAGCAAAGGGAAGGGCAAAGGCCAAAAUACAGGCUCAUCUUAUUCAAGCGGAAGAUCAGACUUCAGGAACUUCUAUGAUGAAUGGAAUCAGGAGGCCAGGCAUCACAGAAAUGCUAGAGACAGAUUCUCCAGAAGCAACCGUUCCUACAAUUUUUGGGAACAUAAUAAAAAUGUCCCAAGGCCAAACAAAGAAGAGGCCCAACGCUGGAGAAGACAAGCUCGCUGUGAUCUCGACGCAGCCUACAAAGAUGUUAGUGGGGCGAGCACAGAGUGGUGUCUGUUCAAAGUCCAUCAAGCAGUGGAAAAGUCUCUCACAGCUGCAAAGUAUAAUAGAGAUGGUCAGCAUCCCACCAGCAGCUCCAUUUUAUCCCUUGCCGCACAAGUUUCCCUCUACAACCUCAAACUGAGAGUUCUUCCUCAAAUAGUGAGGAAUCUGAAGGCGUUGGGAGUGGACGACAAAAAGACUCAGUAUCCAAACUGCCAUCCAUUUCCCCAUAUUCCAAAUGAGCAGUUCAAACCAGAGAAUGAGUUGUUGGCACUGGAGAGCGCAUCUGAGCUUCUGAGUUUAGUCGAGGAAUAUUUAAAUUAGGGAUUCAAGACAAACUGACACGUCGUGUUGGUAGGGACAAUUUAGGUUUGUUUGACAUGUAAAAUGGCAUUAGCCAUAUUCUUAUAUUAAAACAUUACUCUGAAGAAAAUAAUAGUACCAUUUGUUGAAAAGAACAUAUAUCAGUCAAAAGGCUGACAUAAAAUAUGUGUGUAAUGUAGGGACUUUCUGAAGCCAAUGAAAGGCCAUUGUAAUGUAAAUAUGAUAUUUUGAGUAUUGUUGAAGAGUUUUGACUACUCACUCAGGACCCAUAGGCCCUCUAUUAUUUUGUUAUGGAAAUUAAACCAAGGAAGUUAUAUUUA